AUGGCGCCGGAACGCGGCGGGGAUGGGCGCCCGCCGCCCGGCCCCGCCGCCGCCGCCGCCGCCGCCGAGGGGCUGCCCAAGGCGUUCCUGCAGAGCCUGCGGACCCUCUUCGACAUCCUGGACGACCGCCGGCGGGGCUACGUUCACCUGCGGGAAAUCGAGUCCCGCUGGCGGCUGCAGCCCGACGGGGAAGCCCGCGAGUUGCCCCGGGGUGUCCUGGAAGGGCUGCGCCGGGCCGCUCCGCCCAGCGGCUACCUCACCUUCGAGAGGUUCGUGCUGGGCUUGAGAUCCUCGCUCCUCAGCCCGGAGCACGGCAGGAGUCCGGCAGCCCCCGCCGGCAAAGCCCCGUCGGAGCGCCCCGGCGCCCCAGCACCGCAAAACAUACGGGAAGGCAAAGCCCCCGCUGCGGAGAGGGGGUCAGGAAAGGGCGGCGGCGCUUCCCGGAGCCUCGAGAAGAUCCCCGGCCGGCCGGCAGAGCAGGUCCAGUGCAAGAGAGCCGCUGCAGAAGCCUGUGGAAUCCGGAAGCUGGUGGGCCCUUUGCAAAAUGAAAGCAGCUCUAAAACAGUGGAGGCUCGGAGGCAGACGAGAGCCAGAGGCGAACACCGGAGACACACCAUCACCAACGGUGUGGACUACGCCAUGCUGAAGCAAAUGAAAGAGCUGGAAAAGGAGAAGGAUUUCUUGCUGCAGGGGCUGGAGGUGGUGGAUCGGGCCCGCGAGUGGUACCACCAGCAAAUCCAUAUCCUCCAAGAGCACCAGAAGCAACUGGGCAAAAGCAAAGUUCACAAUGACUUGCUCAGAGAGGGGAGUCAGCUCAACCUUCUCCUGCCCAAACUGCAGGAACUCAAUUGCUGCCUCUGUGAGCUGCUGUCUUUCUCGGCGAAGCCCCUGAACCCGUGCGGCACCGUCACAAACGGCCCGGCCUCCCCUCCCCUGGCCGGGCUGCAACAAACCAUCCACAUGUUGAAGGAGCAGAACUGGCUUCUGACCAAGGAGGUGACGGACAAAAGCGAGCGGAUCACCCAGCUGGAGCAGGAGAAGUCGGCCCUGAUCAAGCAGCUCUUUGAAGCUCGCGCCCGGAGCAACCACGAAAGCAACCCGCUGGAUUCCACCUUCAUCUAGUCCCACGACCACGUGCUGGGGCAGGAGGCACGUGGCUGCCGUGGGCCUCCUCCAGACAUGGCUGCGAGCUCCUCCCAGGGUCAGAGGCAGGUUCGAACAAGGUGGCGAUUUGCAUCCUGCUCUCUC